AUGAGUUGGGAGGGGGCGGCGAAGUGGGUUGUUGGGAUCAACGAGUUCUUCUCAUCGGCCGGUAUCGUCGACGUCACGAAAAAUACGACACGAAAAAGAGGUGCAACACGAGGACUUCCCAGGAGAAAUGAGUUGGGAGGGGGGCGGCGAAGUGGGUUGUUGGGAUCAACGGUAAAAAGGAUGAUGUUCGUUCAUGCAAGACUUAUGAAAUUUGAUAGAGUUCUUCUCAUCGGCCAGGUAUCGUCGGCGUCACGAAAAAUACGACACGAAAAAGAGGUGCAACACGAGGACUUCCCGGGAGGUCACCCAUCCUAG